AUGAGGUGCUCCCGACUCCGAACUUCAACCUCGGCCGAGGCUCCAUCCGAUCCGACCUCAACCAACCUGAACACUCACCUGGGCAUGGAUUUUCGAGACAUCGCAGCCGUUCGUGGCUUUGCUACCUACAGCCUCCGCCAUCCCCGUGAAGCCCUCUCUAGCUUUGGUCCAACCCUCAAUGAAACCACCCUCGGCGCUCUUGGGGCCUCGUUCCAGCCGGAGCGCGACAUUCGCAGUCUAGAGGACAAGGUCGUCCUGGUGACAGGAGGCAAUGCAGGAAUAGGCAAAGAGACAAUUCUCCAACUCGCAAAGCACCGCCCGUCACGCAUCUACAUGGCCGCCCGCACGGAGAGCAAAGCACGCGAAUCAAUUGCCUCCCUCCAUAGCCAGCUUCCCUCCGCCGAUAUUCGGUUCCUCUCCCUCGAUCUGUCCUCAUUUAGCUCAAUCCGCGCGGCCGCACAGAAAUUCCAGUCCGACAGUGGCCGCCUGGACAUCUUGAUCCUGAAUGCGGGGACAAUGGGGAACCCGCCUACGACGACGGCGGAGGGCUUCGAGAUCCAGCUCGGCACAAACCAUAUUGGACACUUCUUAUUCACGAAGUUGCUUCUGCCCACCCUUUUGAAAACUGUUGAUAUCCAGCGCGCCAAGGAUGAGAAGCCCGAUGUCCGGGUGAUCACAGUCGCGUCGGCCGCCCACGCCGUUGGCCCUUCCUCUUUUGAGGGAUUGACAUCUACUCCUUCAUUACUGAAUGCGAGUACCUGGACCCGUUAUGGUGCCUCCAAGUCGGCGAAUAUCCUCUUUGCCUCCGAGCUUGCCCGUCGGUAUCCGGAGCUUACGUCUGUGGCUGUUCACCCUGGUGCUGUGGAUAGCGGCCUCUAUGGACAUACCAAGGACCUGAGCUCGAUGAUGAAUUAUUCUCUGACGGCUCUUGGAUCUAUGUUCUUCCGGACCGUUGCUACCGGUGCUCUCACUUCGCUCUGGGCGGCUGGCUCGCCUAAAGACCGCCUUGAGAAUGGAGCUUACUAUACUCCUGUUGGAUAUCGCAGCAAUGGUACUGCCGUCGUCCAAAAUGCCGAGCUUGCGAAACGGCUUUGGAACUGGACCGAAAGCCAGCACCCAUUCUCUAUCAAACCGGAAAUGGGCCGCAUCGUCGUGACCGGUGGCUCCGGCAAGGCUGGUCAGUUCGUAAUCGCCGAGCUCCUCAAACACGGCCAUAUCGUCCUCAACCUGGACCUCAGCCCCAUGGACCAUCCCGAAGUCUACACUCUGAGAACCGAUCUUGCGGACAGCGGCCAGGUCUUCAACGCGCUAUCCGGCCAAUGGUCCCUUCAAGAGCCCUUCCCGGAAGGUCUCCCGCCACGCCCAGAUGCCGUCGUCCACCUUGCCGGCUACGCGCGUAACAUGCUUGUCCCUGACAACGAGACCUUCCGCUCCAACGUUCAGGGCACCUACAAUAUCAUCGAAGCAGCGUGUAAAUUGGGAAUUCGCAAAAUCGUGCUCGCGUCCAGCGUCACCGUCUACGGUGUCUCUUUUGCUCAAGGCGACGCCAAUUUCCCUUCAUUCCCCAUCCACGAGGAUCUGGACGUCAAUCCGACGGAUACGUAUGCAAUUGCGAAGCUCUGCAAUGAGCGCAUUGGGCGUGGGUUUGCAGAGCGUUUCAAUGCGGACAUCUAUAGUCUGCGCAUUGGUCGGGUCAUCGAGCCUGAGGAGUACGAUGGUGAGAUCUUUUACAGCUAUGUCCAUGAGCCAUUGUUGUGGAAGGUACAUGGAUGGUCGUAUAUUGAUGCUCGGGACUUGGGGGGUAUGUGUGAGGCUGCGUUGCGGAAGGAUGGACUUGGGUUCCAGGUCUUCAACGCCACCAAUGAUCACAUUACUAAUUUGAGUCCUACGAGGGAAUUCCUGAGCAAGCAGUUUCCGAACAUUCCCAUCACGAGGGAUUUGGAGGAGUUUGAGGCGCCGUUCUCGAAUGCGAAAAUCAAGGAUUUGCUUGGAUUUCGAGAGCAGCAUCCGUGGAAGAAAUACUUUAGCAAGUGGGAGAAGAGGCAGAAACAGAUGGCCGUGUAG